AUGUUCCCAUUUAUGCUUCUUUCCACCCUGUUUCCUUCCACGUUGCCUGAACCUGGGAAGCAGUACUGGGUCUGCAACUCCUCCGAUGUGAGCCUUUGGUACACCUACUGCGAUAACGUGAACUAUCCUAUCUCAGUAAGAAGUGAACCCUGUGUAGAAUUGAAGGGAAGCAGAGGACAUUUGCUUAUUUCCUACAUUCCAAGAAGAGACAUGAAAAAUUUAUAUUUCAAUCUGUAUUUAUCUUUUAACACCAUGAAUUUUCCAAUGCGCAAACAAGUCAUUUGCCGAGGAUCUGAUGAUGAUUAUUCUUUCUGCAGAGCUUUAAAGGGAGAGACUGUGAAUACGUCAGUGCCAUUCUCCUUCAGGGGCAUCCUGUUCUCUAAGGGAAAAUACAGAUGUGUUGUGGAAGCCAUCGCUGGGAAUACUGAAGAAAUGCUCUUUUGUUUGAAUUUUACCAUCAUACACCACUCUGCUUUCAAUUAG